UUCCAGGGUCUUUAAUCCCAAAGAUGGCGGAUCAUAUAAUCGUACGACAGUUUGUCGUCACUCGGUUGGCAUCCAUGAGAACGUUCGAUUUCGCCGGUGGUGCAUUCUGGGAAAUAAAUAGAUUCAACGAAGCGCAUAUACUCGGCUUCCCGACGCAAGGACAGGCAAAAUGGCACCGAUAUGUAUGCAGGAACGACCUAUUCUCCAGUUCGGCAAGAGAAGACGUCUGGUGGCUUAUACAUAACCUAGCUGCCUCAUUAGGCGUCAACAAUGGCAUAACAAAUCAUCGAGAUUACCAUCUCAUCUACCUCCCUGCAUCCAACCGACCGACUGUCUGAGUAAUGCGUUUAUAAUUAUUUUAAAUCACAUUCUUUCGUCUCCUUCCCAUUCCAUUUAGUUUUCAAGGUUCCGCCAUCUUAGUGCACCACGUGACACCGCUGUGGGCUAUGAAUUGUAUAUUUAAAUUUUGGCGCCAAAUUUAAAAGCGCGUUCCGAAAUCU